AUGGCUGAACACAUGGAAGCCUUUGCAGAGGCUGUCAAAUCGGCAACAGAGCUGGUGCCAGAAGUGAGGUACCACGCCAAGACCCUCGAGUUCCUGUCCAAGGAGAUGGAGAAAGUGUUGGGCGUGGUCCCCCAGCUGACAGAGGAUGAUGUGGAGCGCCACAGCUCCACGCUUGCCACCCUCGCCAAGGAGGCUCAGAAUGGCGCUGACCUGAUCAGGCGCCAUGUUGGGCCCCUGAGUGACCAAACAUUCAACAAGGUGGAUUUUGUCGUGGGGGAGGUGGAGCGCCUGCUGCUGGACUUCCAGGACUGCAUGUCAGAAAUGGACAUGACGGAGGAGGCGGGCUUGGAGGACCUUGAGUUGGAACAGAUCGAGGCGGACAGGAGGUACAUGUACUGGUAUCUGAAAUGCAUACUGGAAGGGGGGAGGGAUGGGCUGCUGGAUGCGCGGGCUGUUGAGAAGCUGGAGGCACUGGUGGAGGGGUACAGGCCAGCGUGCAUUUUCCUGCGGACGAUUGAAGACACCGAUGUUGAGUAUCUGGAGCCUGUCAGCCAUGUCGGGUCCGGCACAGUGCUGAAGGGGAGGUGGGCGGGCCUGGACGUGGCCGUCAAGGUGCACCGGGACGACUUUGGCAAGGAGGACUGUGCCAACCUGCGGUGCAUGGCGGAGAACCACAUGCAAAUGAACGACCCAGGUGUGGUGCAGUGCUACGGUGUAACCAACACGAACAACAUCGUGAUGGAGCUGGCGAGGUGCACAUUGGGACAGCUGUUUCGGGAUGAGGCAGAGAUGAAGUGGUCCAUGAAGCUAAAGUUGAUGGCAAGUGCAUCCUCAGUUUUGCAGCAUCUGCACGACUUCGGGAUCGUGCAUCAGGGCAUCAAGAUGAGCAACAUUUUGGUGUUUGGGGAGAGCGACCACAGGAUCAAGCUGGCUGAGUUUCGCAUUGCCUCCAAAUAUAGCAGGACAAGGGCAAGGGUAAGGCCGCUGUAUGUGGCUCCAGAGGUCCAACAGGGGGGCAAGCACACGUACGAAUCUGACACGUUCAGCUUUGGUUUGGCGAUGCACGAGUGCGCAGCUGGAUCCCAGCCAUACGGUGGCGUUAGCAACAGUUCACUGCUCCUGAGCUUCAAGCAGCAAUGGGUGGAACCUGGAGCCCAUCUGGAGACAUGCCCAAACGAGUUCUCAAAAUUGAUAAGGAGCACCCUGAACCCAGACCCCAGCAAGAGGCCCAUGAUGAGUGACGUCACUGCCAUGCUGCUUGGCAUCAUUGAGGAAAUCUCCACACCGGCUGAGAAGCUGACUGUGCUCCCACAACAGGUGGAAGACAUCUCUGAAAAGAGGCAGCCAACGCAGAAUGAGAGGCUGCAGAUGAUGCGUUCAGCUCAGGAAGGCUACUGCUUGGAAUUGAAGGAAGUUCUCAGUGCUGGCGUUGACCCUAACGCUAUUCUGAACGAGUAUGGCAACUGGAAUGCGCUCAUGUUUGCAGCACAAGAAGGGUGCAUCGAAAAUGUUGAAUUGCUACUUCAAAAAGGCGCAAGUACUGAGAUCGCUAACAAGCAUGGCUGGACACCUCUAAUCCUUGCAGCGCAGAAGGGCCACUUCAAUGUUGUGAAUGCCCUGCUGGACAGAGGGGCUAAUGUUCAGGCUGAGAGCAAGGAUGGUGCAACAGCCUUGCUGCAUGCGGUUGAGAAGGGCCAUUUGCAAGCGGCCAAUGCAUUGCUUGCACAUGGAGCCAGUGUUGACAUCGUUUCUCAGAGUGGAAGGGGUCUCUUGAGUCUGGCUGUAUUGAACAGUCACUGCGAUGUUGCGGAUGCCCUCAUCGUGUGGGGUGUUGACCCAGAUGCACAAGAUAAGGAUGGCCGCACAGUUUUAAUUGAUGCAUGCAAGGAGGGGGACAUUGGUUGUGCACAGACUCUGCUGAACAGAGGUGCUGGUAUGGAAGCACAGGACAAGGAUGGAAAGACAGCCUUGAUGCAUGCUGCUCUUCAUGGACGCACUGAAGCUGUCCAGAUGCUGGCCGAUGCUGGAGCGAAUAUUGACACCGAAUGCAAGAAUGGUUGGACAGCAUUAGCCCUGGCGACACUGAAAGGACACUUGGAAAUUGUUGACAUCCUGCUUGCCAAGGGGGCUAGCACAGAGAAGCCAAAGAAGGAUGGCCGCACGGCACUAAUGGAAGCAGCAAAAAGCGGACGCCAUGAAGCUGUUGCAGCCCUAUUGGACAAGGGAGCGAAGGUUGAAGCCGAAGACAAGCGGGGAUGGACUGCACUGUUUCACUCUGCAUUCAGCGGCGAAGUUGAAGCUGUUAGAUGCCUACUGGACAAAGGGGCGGAUAUUGAGACCCGAAGCAAGGGAGGUUGGACACCAUUGAUGGCUGCCACGAUGAAUGGACAUGCAGCAAUCGUUGAAGAGUUGCUCAACAGAGGCGCAAACAUUGAUGCCAAGGCGAAGGAUGGCCACACAUCCCUUAUCCUAGCUGCUCAGGAGGGUCAGGUCGAGGUGGCCCAAAUCCUUCUUGACAACGAGGCCGACGUGGAUGCCCAGACAGAUGAUGGCAUCAAUGCACUGGUGUCUGCAGCCUUGCAUGGCCAUGUGGAAAUUAUGCACUGUCUUCUGCAAAUGGGUGCCGAAGUCGAAGGUGCAACCGUCAAGGAUGGCUACACUGCUCUGCAGCUUGCUUCACAAGAAGGUCACCUUGAAAUUGUCAAAGCACUGUAUGCUAAUGGUGCUAACAUUGAAGCCACGGGGAAGUAUGGCUGGACUGCACUGUUGAGUGCCGCUGAGAGAGGACACACCGAAAUUGUGUCCUUUUUGCUGGAGCACGGUGCAAACCUCAAGGCUAGUGACACGAAGGGCUGGACUUCGCUGAUGGUUGCUGCAAGGGGGGGCCACACUGGUGUUGUGACAGCAUUGCUUGAUAGUGGAGCAAACCUAGAGGCGCGUUGCAAGGAUGGAUGGACUGCCUUGAUGCUUGCUGCUGCGAAAGGACGCAGCGAAGCGGUGCAGUAUCUGCUAUCAAGGCAGGCCAAUCAUGAUGUCAGCGACAAGGAUGGCUGGACAUCGCUGAUGAUCGCUGCACAAGAGGGACACUUGCAAGUAGUGGACGCCCUCGUGAAUGGAGGCGCCAACACAGAGGCACAGAACAAGGAUGGCAUGACGGCCUUGAUAUAUGCAUCUUUGAAUGGGCACGACAAGGUGGUGGUUGCGCUGCUCGAAAGGAACGUCAACAUCGAGACUCGAAGCGAGGAUGGUGGGACAGCAAUAAUUUAUGCCGCGAUGAAGCGCCACGUUGAAGUCGUCAAAGUCCUCCGCGACCAUGGAGCCAACCUUAACGCCCGUGACAAGUUUGGGGAUACUGCACUGAUGUGCGCUUCCUUCGAAGGCCACGAUGCAGUUGUGGCGGUGCUGAUUGAAAGCGGAGCGUCUGUAGAUGCCAAAAGAGAGGACGGGAGCACAGCGCUGACACUUGCAGUACAGGAAGACCGCGUGAAUAUAGUAAAGAAGCUGCUUGAAAAGAAUGUCGACAUAGAUACGAAAUUCAAGGGUGGGAGGACAGCAUUGAUGCUUGCAGCUGGGAAAGGAAAUCUGGAGGUUGCAAAGUUGCUCAUUGACCACGGUGCCAACGUGGACAUAGAGAAUGAAGAUGGUGUGACUGCCCUGAUGUUUGCAACACUGAACAGAUUCGACAAGAUCGUCAGCCUCCUGAUCUACAGGGGAGCAGAUGUUGAGGCUCAAAACAAGGAUGGGUGGACUGUUCUCAUGCUUGCGGCGUCCAAGGGAUACUACGAUAUUGCGAUCAUGCUGUUGGGCGAGGGUGUUGAAGUGGAUACCCAAAAAGAGGACGGAGGGACCGCGCUCAUGAUUGCUGCCGCACAGGGGCACACGAACGUCGUCUCAGCAUUGCUGGACCAUGGCGCUGACAUAUUGAUCAAGAACAAGGAAGGUAACACGGCAAUUCAUGAGUGCUCGAAACGUGGCCACAAUGAAGUUGUGGAAUUGCUGCUUGCGAGAAGAUCCGAAAAGGGAGUUCACCAUCAUCGACGCUCCGGGUCGAAUGCCGCGAGGACAAGGAGGCCAUCCUGGGAUAGCAGCCGAUAG